UUCAAAAAUUUCCAAACAAACCCCAUGAUGUUUCUUUUCUUUCAUUCACACCAACCCAGUUCCCCCAUUUGAUUUUGAUUCUACUUUCUUACACAUUUCACAAAUCAAAAUUGUUUUUUUUUUUUUUCUCCUCUCUCUUUCUCUCAUUUUCCCUCUAGCCAAACACCACAUAGAAAACUACAAGUUUGUGUUGUGGGGCAAAUGGGGGCAUACAGAGCCGAUGAGGAUUACGACUACCUGUUCAAGGUGGUGCUGAUUGGGGACUCGGGUGUAGGAAAAUCCAAUCUUCUGUCGAGGUUCACCAAAAAUGAAUUCAGCCUCGAAUCCAAGUCCACCAUUGGGGUUGAGUUCGCCACCAGAAGCAUUCGGGUCGAUGAUAAGGUUGUCAAGGCUCAGAUUUGGGACACUGCUGGUCAAGAAAGGUACCGAGCAAUUACAAGUGCAUAUUAUCGAGGAGCUGUGGGUGCUUUACUCGUGUAUGAUGUUACUCGCCAUGUUACAUUUGAAAAUGUGGAGAGAUGGCUAAAGGAGCUGAGAGAUCACACAGAUGCCAACAUUGUGGUGAUGCUUGUAGGGAACAAAGCAGACCUGCGUCAUUUGCGAGCUGUUUCCACCGAAGAUGCUACAACUUUUGCUGAACGUGAGAACACAUUUUUCAUGGAAACAUCUGCCCUUGAGUCAAUGAACGUUGAAAAUGCCUUCACAGAAGUGCUGACCCAGAUCUAUCGUGUUGUAAGCAAGAAGGCCCUUGAGAUUGGUGAUGAUCCAGCAGCUUUACCAAAAGGACAGACAAUUAACAUUGGAUCACGUGAUGAUGUAUCAGCUGUGAAGAAAACUGGAUGUUGUUCUACCUGAGUAUGUAGUAAAAGUUUCUGUAUUUUGUACUUUUAGAAUUUAUGCCCUGUUUAUACAGUGUAGAGAUUGAUAUGAAAGCAUGAAGAUGAUUCUCUAGGGAGCAUCAAACUAUUAAGUCUCUGCUUUGGUUUGUAGAGAAUUCUGUUCAAUGUUUGCUAGAUGUUUAGGAAACAUGCAAACUCAUUUUUGCAUAAUUUAUAUUUUUCGU